AUAUCUAGGCCAGCUACAAGAAUCCCCACCAGACUCGAGCCAGAAAAAAAAAAUCCAUCACUUUCUCACCCUUCCUCUUCCCUCUCCAUUUUUCCCUCUUCCGUCUCACUUCCCCCAGAACCGCCUCCAGACCGCAAAAGAAGACGUAAAACCCCCAGAUUCCGCCCUUCCACCCAUAGCCUCUCGAAUAAGACGAACAGGUUCCAUUCUAUCCUCUCCCAUUACGCACAAUGGCUGCCCACGGUGCCACUUAUGCCCUCUCCCAGGAGCACAAGGAUCUACUCGAGAGAUCCUUGGUCGACUCCGACCCGGAGGUGGCCGACAUCAUGAGAAAAGAGAUCCAGCGUCAGCGGGAGUCCAUCAUCCUAAUUGCCUCGGAGAACGUCACUUCUCGGGCCGUGUUCGACGCCCUAGGCUCGCCCAUGUCCAACAAAUACUCGGAAGGAUACCCCGGCGCCCGCUAUUACGGUGGCAACCAGCACAUCGACGAGAUCGAGCUUCUGUGUCAGAAGCGCGCUCUGCAGACCUUCCACCUCGACCCGGAGCAGUGGGGCGUCAACGUCCAGUGCCUGAGCGGCAGUCCUGCCAACUUGCAGGUCUACCAGGCCAUCAUGGCGCCCGGCGGCCGACUGAUGGGCCUUGACCUCCCCCACGGCGGCCAUCUGAGUCACGGAUACCAGACUCCCUCCAGGAAGAUUUCGGCCGUCUCGACUUACUUCGAGACCAUGCCUUACCGGGUGAACCUCGACACGGGUAUCAUCGACUACGACAGACUCGAGGAGAACGCCCAGCUAUUCCGGCCCAAGGUCCUCGUUGCCGGUACCUCGGCCUACUGCCGCGAGAUCGAUUAUGCACGCAUGCGGAAGAUUGCCGACUCUGUCGGAGCCUACCUUGUCGUGGAUAUGGCUCACAUCUCCGGCCUGAUCGCCGCAGAGGUGAUUAAGUCCCCCUUUCCCCAUGCCGACAUCGUCACUACUACGACACAUAAGUCGCUGCGUGGCCCUCGUGGCGCCAUGAUCUUCUUCCGCAAGGGUGUCCGCAGCACCGACCCCAAGACCGGCAAGCAGACCCUCUACGACCUUGAGUCGGCCAUCAACUUCUCCGUCUUCCCCGGCCACCAGGGCGGCCCCCAUAACCACACGAUUACUGCUCUCACCGUUGCCCUGAAGCAGGCCCAGACGCCCGAGUUCAAGGCCUAUCAACAACAGGUUGUUGCCAACGCCAAGACUCUAGAAAUCAAGUUCAAGGAGCUCGGCUACAAGCUGGUGUCGGACGGCACCGAUUCGCACAUGGUGCUCCUCGACCUGAGGCCCCAGGCCGUCGACGGCGCGCGUAUCGAAGCCGUCCUCGAGCAGAUCAACAUCGCCUGCAACAAGAACGCCACCCCGGGUGACAAGUCUGCCCUGACGCCCUACGGUAUCCGCAUUGGUACUCCUGCCAUGACCUCGCGUGGUUUCGGCGAGAAGGAUUUUGAGCGUGUCGCGGCCUACAUCGAUGAGAGUAUCAAGAUUGCGAAAGAGAUCCAAGCUAGUCUGCCUAAGGAAGCGAACAAGCUGAAGGACUUUAGGGCCAAGUUGGCUGGCGGCGACAAUGCCAGGAUUAGCGAGCUGAGGAAGGAGAUCUCUGGUUGGUCCCAGACUUUCCCCCUGCCGGUGGAGGGAUGGAGAUUGGAUGCAGGCAUCUAAACCAGUACACGUGCGGACAAAUAGACAGGGAAGUCUGGCGGUGUUCGUUUUUUCAACAUAGAUCUGAAGGCGAAAGAGGGGCAACUCAACUUUUCUCUGGUUUGCGGAAACGGGUAGGACUUGGAAUUCAAGGAAAAC